GUACAUAUUUUUCAUAAAAGAAUAUCAAAAUAAAAGAUAUUAGAGUGUGCGAUCAGUGAUGGACGAUAACAUUGAAAGAAAAAUAAAAUACUCCUUUUCUCUCCAUUAGAACUUUGCCCUUUAUUGCUAUACGAAAAAUUGUUCCCUUCAAUUCUCUUUUAAAUAACUGUGUUUUGGAAAAUAAGACGGUACUAUAGUAAAUGCUAAAAUUGUGCAAUUUCAAUAAAAUAUGAAAGUGAACAUCGCCAAUGAUCGAUAAGUAUUAUAGGGCGACAUUAGUAAGUAUCGUGCAACGUGUAGUUCUACUUGACCACAAUAAUGUCAUGGAAUGACGAUAUAGCAUAUGCUAUGAACCCCCACAAAUUCCUAACUCUGCCAUUAGGCAAUUGGCCCUUGCAAAAAUAUAAUCUAUUUGCUUUAAUCCGUUCUAUUGUGUGUGGUUCCAGUUUGGUAUGUUUUCAAUUUUUAUUUUACAUAUACCAAUAAAACAUUUUGCUUGUAUCUUCAACAUAUAGUCAAAUGAUACGUAGUGAAUGAACAUAGUGAAAACAAAAAACGAAAAAAGGAAUAAAGUUUUAAAAAUAUCCAUCCUUCCUGUCUGUGUAGACUGUGAUGAUGGUCGUGUUGUUCCUCGAAAUCGUUUUCGGUAAAGCCGAUAUGUAUUUAAAACUCGAUGCUCUUAUGGUUAUGUUUUGCAACGUUCUUUCUGUACUAAAAUUAUUGUCGUUCCGCAUAUACGCCAAAAACUUGAUUCGCAAUUUUUCUUCUGCUGUGAACGAUUAUCUCGCAAUCGAUACCGAGGAGAAACGUAUAAUCAUGCGGCGACACGCUUACAUAGGAAGGAUAGUUUGCUACAGUAUCUUAUUUUUUGCUUAUUUCGCUUCAUGUAUUUUCGUUGUGGUACCUCUGAUAUUAGGUGACAACAACGUCCAAGUUAAUAAAUCCAACAUAAAUCCAGCAUCGGAAUUACCAAUGCCCUUAACAUGGACAUUGCAGAAUUAUAAGAUUUCUGCGACUUUAUAUUUGACAAUAUCCUUGGUGCAGCAUGUUUUAUUAAUGCUCAAUAGUACUUGUAAUUGCGGUAAGUGAUCUAAUCAUUAAUAUCAAAAAGUUACGCACCAAUUAU